AUUUUCAUUUUUUUUAAAUUUUAUUAUUAUUUAAUUUUUCCCCAAGUUCGAACCGAAGGGCGCGCAGCUGAGAUCGAAGAAGGCUCUUCCUUCAAGCGCCAAAUCUAGGGUUUCCUCCAAAACUGAUUUAAAAUGGCAGAAGAAGAUAUUCAGCCACUUGUCUGCGAUAAUGGUACCGGAAUGGUUAAGGCCGGAUUUGCAGGAGAUGAUGCUCCAAGGGCUGUGUUUCCUAGUAUUGUGGGUCGUCCACGGCACACUGGUGUGAUGGUUGGGAUGGGCCAGAAAGAUGCAUAUGUGGGGGAUGAGGCCCAGUCCAAGCGUGGUAUAUUAACUCUGAAAUACCCAAUUGAGCAUGGCAUUGUGAGCAACUGGGAUGACAUGGAGAAGAUAUGGCAUCAUACCUUCUACAAUGAACUCAGAGUGGCUCCUGAAGAACACCCAGUUCUACUUACUGAAGCUCCUCUCAACCCAAAGGCUAAUCGUGAGAAAAUGACCCAAAUCAUGUUUGAAACCUUCAAUGCCCCUGCUAUGUAUGUUGCCAUCCAGGCUGUUCUUUCCCUCUAUGCCAGUGGACGUACAACUGGUAUUGUUCUGGACUCUGGAGAUGGUGUCAGUCACACUGUCCCCAUCUAUGAGGGAUAUGCUCUUCCACAUGCUAUCCUACGUCUUGACCUGGCUGGUCGUGAUCUCACUGAUGCACUUAUGAAAAUCCUGACUGAGCGUGGCUACUCCUUCACCACCACAGCCGAGCGCGAAAUUGUGAGGGACGUAAAGGAGAAGUUGGCAUACAUUGCCCUUGACUACGAGCAGGAGCUGGAGACAGCCAAAACUAGUUCCUCUGUUGAGAAGAGCUAUGAGUUGCCCGAUGGACAGAUGAUCACCAUUGGUGCUGAGCGUUUCCGAUGCCCAGAAGUCCUGUUCCAACCAUCCAUGAUUGGAAUGGAGGCUGCAGGCAUUCAUGAAACUACUUACAACUCCAUCAUGAAGUGUGAUGUUGAUAUCAGGAAAGAUCUAUAUGGAAACAUUGUCCUCAGCGGUGGAUCAACCAUGUUCCCAGGCAUUGCAGACAGGAUGAGCAAGGAAAUCACUGCAUUAGCCCCAAGCAGCAUGAAGAUCAAGGUGGUGGCUCCUCCUGAGAGGAAGUAUAGCGUAUGGAUUGGAGGCUCCAUCUUAGCAUCACUCAGCACUUUCCAGCAGAUGUGGAUAGCAAAGGCAGAGUAUGAUGAAUCUGGGCCAUCUAUUGUGCAUAGGAAAUGCUUCUAAAUUGGCCAGAUGGGGGAGGUGGAUGAAAGCCUGUAUCCUGUUCCUGUCAAAGAAAUUGCAGCUUGCAAUUUACUACUCAACCUUGGUUCUACUUUAAUUUUCAUGUGCAUUUAUGUUGGAAAAUAGGGUCUAAAAGGUGGUGGCGAAGAUGGCAAAAGAUUCCAAUUCUUUUUGUUUUUGUUUUUCUUUAGUAGUCGUGGAACCAUUCCCCUUCAAUGCUACUAAUUCAAUGGCAUCUGCAGUUCUUAAUUAUUAACUCUAGCUUCCUCCUUUCAGUGA